CCAGGCCAUUUUUCUCAUUGGUGCCCACACAGGACUAACAACGGUGUCGGUACUUUUGGUUCUCAGCCUAUGCUCACUCUACUUUCUAAUUCUAAUACUGCUAUCUCUCUUCCCUCUACAUUUAAUGCGAUAGCGACCGGACAAUAUAGGAAUAACGAAUGGUACGAAGCGAAGCAACGGUUGAUCUUGCUAGAGAACACGGUGGCUGAGAUCAAGUUGAGACAUGAUGUUGAAGUGGAGCGAGAGAAGAACAAGAAGGACGAAGAAGAAAAAAAGAAAAGAGAGUUUGAAGACAAGGAACGACGCGAACAAGAUCGAAAGGAGAGAGAAGACAUGCACAAACGAAUGAUGGACGAUAUGAACACGAAGUGGGAGAAAGUAUGUGGAAAGAUGAGUGAGAAGCAAGUAGAGUCGAAGGGGCAGACAGAGAUUGAGAUACUACAAAAGGAGAUCGAGAAGCUAAAGGGAAGAAUGAACGUUGCUGCAUCCUCUACAGCGACCAACAAAGCAACCGCGGAAGGCGAUGAGGUGGUCAGGCAACUUUUAAGGGAGCAGGAGAAUAUGAAGGCAAGACUUGAAGAGUCGCUGGCUUCACAAAAGCGGUUGGAAAGUUUGGAAGCAGAGAUGACACUCAUGAGAACCAUGAGAGACGAAGCCCUUCAAGAAGUCGAAACUUGGAAGAAUGAGGCGCUGCGUCCAGGAAACAAGAGGGGUUGUGCUGCCGUUACUCCUUCUUCAGUGGCACGUACACCGUCAAAGACGAAUCCUGAUUACGCCGGUUUGGUUCACCGGCAUACCAUAAAGGUUGAAAAACUGAAGGACCUGUGGAUCCUGGAUUUCAAUGCGAGGCAGGAAAAGGAACAAGAGAAUGAGAAACUCAAGUCAGCGAUGGAUGAGGCACGAAGAGUAGCUUUGGAGAAAGAACAGGAGAAUGAGAGGUUGAAGGUGGUUAUUGCAGAUUUGGAAGCGACACAACGCGAACCUUGUACUAAUUUACGUCGAAGAAUGGACGAGAUAACAUCCCGAUCCACGGGGCAGGGGAAGAAGAAGACUGUCACUGACCCUAGCACAGCACGAGCACUGGAGAAGCAGAGGUUUGCUAAGGAUCAGCGCAAAGACUUGGCGAACAAGAAGAAGGAUGAGAUCACUAAGAUCUGUUCAAAAGAAGGUUUGAAGUACGUUACCAUUAAAUAGUUAGUCGAAGACAUUAUUCAGGCCAGAGUCG